AUGGAACCAGGAAAUGAUACACAAAUUUCAGAAUUCCUUCUUCUGGGAUUUUCAGAGAAACCAGAAUUGCAGCCCCUCAUAUUUGGGCUUUUCCUCUUGAUGUACCUGAUCACUGUGUGUGGAAACCUGCUCAUCAUCCUGGCCACCAUCUCAGACUCCCACCUGCACACCUUCAUGUACUUCUUACUCUCCAACCUGUCCUUUGCUGAGAUAUGUUUCACCUCCACCACUGUCCCAAAGAUGCUGGUGAACAUCCAGACACAGAGCAAGGUCAUCACCUAUGCAGGGUGCAUCACCCAGAUGUACUUUUUCCUAGUCUUUGCAGCAUUGGAUGACUUCCUCCUGACUGUGAUGGCCUAUGACCGGUAUGUGGCCAUCUGUCACCCCCUGCACUACACGGUCAUCAUGAACCCCUGGCUCUGUGGAAAGCUGGUUCUAGUGUCCUGGAUCAUGAGUGUCCUGCAUUCCUUGUUACAAAGCCUAAUGGCAUUGCGGCUGUCCUUUUGUAUGCAUGUGGAAAUCCCCCACUUUUUCUGUGAACUGAAUCAGGUUGUCCACCUUGCCUGUUCUGACACCUUUUUAAAUGACAUGGUGAUGUAUUUUGCAGUUGUGAUGAUGGCUGGUGGUCCCCUCAUUGGGAUCCUUUACUCUUACUGUAAGAUAGUUUUCUCCAUUCGUGUAAUUGCAUCUGCUCAGGGGAAGUACAAAGCAUUUUCCACCUGUGCUUCUCACCUCUCAGUUGUCUCUUUAUUUUAUUGUACAGUCUUAGGAGUGUACCUUAAUGCUGGUGCUACCCACAGCUCACACUCAAGUGCAGCAGCCUCAGUGAUGUACACCGUGGUCAUUCCCAUGCUGAACCCCUUCAUCUACAGUCUGAGGAAUAAAGACAUAAAGAGAGCACUGAAAAUACUCUUUGGACAGAUGUCGUGA